AUGAACCCCUUCAUUCGAUCAUUCCAGUCGGGCGAAGCCUGGCAUCGCAUCGGCCUUGCCUCCGAGUUCCCCGAUAUAGCUCAAGAUAAAAAUGGCUGUCAGAUAACACCCAGCUGCAAAGCUUUCAGAAUCCCGCACACCAAAGACCAGGAUCCAGUCGAAACAAGCAUUGAUCUACCAGGGGACCUCAAAGAUCAGGUUCUCGUGUUCAAAUAUAAGGGCAAUUUUCACGCCGUCGACCAUCAAUGCCCUCACUCGUCAUUCCCACUUUCCCAAGGACGCAUCUUCGACAUUGAAGACUUUGGUAUUACCCUCAGCACCGGGAUUACAUGUCCCAAACAUGAGUGGUCCUUUGAUAUUGUUUCUGGCCAAGCGGAUCGUGGCAACUACAAGCUCAAGGUUUGGGAAGUGCAGCUACGUGACCACCCGGUUUCUAACGCCAUCGACAAGGAGGUUUGGGUGCGGCGGAAACCGAGGAUCGGCUAG